GCUGCCGGUCUCGAGCCGUUACCGCGUGCGCACGAGCACUACUGUAGUACAACACUUGGAACUUUACCAAACUCGUGUAGGGUGUAGUAAACCUGUAGCCAUGCCGCGGGCAUUUCUCAUCACAAAUCGGCGAUAUUUAUCCAAAAGACAUUCCACAUCUGUCCAGCAAUCGGACAAAACGUUACCAAACGUUCAAUUUGAAGUUAUCUACCAAAAGAAUAUUGAUGUUUCGCCGGUGUCGUCAAGCCUGCCGCCUCCCCCUCCCCCGCCCCACUUAUCGUCUGACGACGGCGACAGUGACUACAGCAGCUACACGUCAUCGCCUCGCCAUGAGUCCAGACCGGACUUGUCACCCAAAAUGGAUUGCCGAUUCGACUGCUCCGACCACAUUUCACUAUUAUUCGAUUUCAUCAACCAAAGUCCGAGAAAAACAGCAUGCAAAGACUUUUAUGAACACGAGUCCGAGGCCGUGCGAGUACUAAAUUUUGACGAGCCAGAUUAUUCCUCUUGCACAAAAGUGUUGUCACCUUUGCAAGAGCUGGUGCAUCAGCCGUUCGGACGCGUACCUUCGGAUAGCUCUGGACUUACUGACUCUCACAUAUGUCUGGAGUGCGGAAAGCGGUACAGUACGUCAAGCAACCUUGCACGUCAUCGACAAACUCAUCGCAGCGUAAGUGACAAGAAAGCCAGGAAGUGCCCCCAUUGUGAGAAGGUCUAUGUGUCUAUGCCAGCAUACAGCAUGCACGUUCGAACCCACAGCCAAGGGUGUGAGUGUAUGUACUGCGGAAAGCGCUUCAGUCGACCAUGGCUGCUGCAGGGGCAUAUUCGAACACACACGGGCGAGAAACCAUUCUCCUGUCCAAAAUGCGGCAAAUGCUUUGCAGACAAAUCAAACUUGCGCGCGCACAUUCAGACGCACUCACCGGACAAACCAUAUAUCUGUGGCCGGUGUGGCAAGGCUUUCGCCCUGAAGAGCUAUCUAUACAAACACGAGGAGUCGUCCUGUAUGAGAGGACAGAGGAAUAAAAAAUCAGUGGACCUUGACGACAUUGUGUCUGAACCGGAAGAACAAAGAAUAGUACCUAGUCAACAAUCAUCAGACCCAACAAUGAUGCCGGUUUGGUAACUAUGGAUACCGUCGUUUGACGUUGAGAAUUUAAGAUAACUUUGGCCUUUUACUUGGACGAGUUUUCUGCUGACCAAUAAUAACAUGCGAGGAUUAUAGAGGACCAAUCAGAUUUUUGUAUUACGUCACUUUUUUUUUGCAAAUGUUUGUAUUGUUUCUACAGAUGAACAGUAACCUUUCAAUAAGUAUCCUUUUAAAGAUACUCAAACAUUUCCGACAUUUCAGCUUCAAACUAUUCCUUCUAACACAACAUGGAGAUUUCAAAACAUAUUUUAACUGUAAGCAUUCCAGACAUCGCUUUGAUACUGUAACGAAUUUCAUCCAUCAUUUUAGGUAGAAUAUUUCAUAGGGCACGUUAAACUUUAUCAAUUCACAUUGUAAUAGAAUAUAACAUUUAUUUUAGUUCUGAUAUUUUUUCAAAGUAGUAAAGGACGCAAAUCCUUUCUACUGAUGCUAUGUUUAUUUUAUCCAAAUUGUUUUGGUGUCAACGAUACAGAUUUUAUUAUAUUUAUUAUUUUAUCCUGCGUUCAAACAAAACAAUAUAUUUGUUUACAUGUUACUAAUAUUGACGUAAAUUUGACGUCAUUAUCGGGACCGAUGACAUCACGAUUGGAAGUAAAAUAGUGACGUCAUACGUUAUAUUUUGAUACUUUUGUUGACUCAUAUUUAGGCGUGAAUUACAGAGGGCAAUAUUUUUAUUCAAACCAUUUUGAAAUUUACUAAGACUUGUUCAUUUUUCUCAUGAUCACUGUCGACAAUAUCACAUCAAAUGCGAUAAAUAAUCAGCUCAAAAUAGUUUUCGUCAUUAAGACUUGUGUACUACGUGUGAUUCUAGAUCACGCGCGCGCAUUCCCAAUCACUGUUUUUUUCUGACGUCUAGAUCAGUAGUGAACGACUCCA